ACAUAGGCGCUGCCUGCCUUUGCCUGGUAAAGAGGCCCAACAAGGUAGCAGGGGAAACUGUGGCAGAGGUGUAGCCCUGGAGACUGAUAUUCAGUGCUAGAUUAAACUGGAUGAGAGUCUACUCUCUGAUGGCGAGGAUCUAGAUGUGAACUGAAUCUGGGGAGGGUAAAAGGCUCUCUAGUCUGGGCCUAGGGUGGUUGGAGGAGGGGGAUUAGGCCUGCUGCCUACCACUGUGAUCUUGGGGGAACAUCCUUCAAGCCCCGCGGCACGACAUGAGUGAGCAGGAAAGGGAGACAGAAGAGGAUGAAGGCGUUGCCUCAGACACAGCACCCAUGCUACCCCGAAGAAGGCCUACUGAUUACCACAUCUCAGUCCUGGCUCCUAUCCUGGCCACCCGAGGCCUCGGGACCCUGGUGCUGUCUGGCCGGGCUCUAGUUGGGUUCCUGCUUCAUCUGCUGCUACCUGGAACAGUCUUCCUGCUGGUGUUGCUACCAGCAGCUGCCGUUGUCUACCUGGGAUUCCUGUGUCACUCAAGGGUUCAUCCGGCUCCGGGUCCACGGUGCCGAGCGCUGCUCUCGGACCGCGGCUCCGCGGCGCUCAUUGUGUUCGGAUUGCUCUCCCUGCCGCCGCUCGUGGUGCUCGCCGCCGCCGCGCGCUCCCUCCUGGUCCGGCGACUACGCCCUGCGCUGCCUGAUCCCGCGAGGACCCCGGCUCCGCGCCGCCCGCCCAGGAGCAGCGGAGAUCUGGCCGACGGCCACCCGGACGAGGACAAACAACUCUGUGCUUGGGUCUGACGCCUCAAGGUCUCUGCGCGUCAAGAGCCUCCCAGGUCCCUCGACCCCCGUAAAGUGGAUGACUCGGGCGGCUGCUUUGGGGCUCUGAGAGCAGUGCUCGAAGUCGCCAGGAGAUGGCAACAGGGUCCCUCAGAAGAGGGAGAAAGGGUGUCCCUUCAAGAAAAGCAGAAAAGCAUAUUAUGUCUUCCACCCAAUUCUGUGGUCAGCAGCCGACUUGGCAGCUAUCUCUGAAUCCCCCCCCCCAACCACGCAUAAUUCUAGAAGCUCCGGUGUAGCCAGUAGCAACCAGACGUCAUGGCUCAACUUGCGGGAUCAGCUGAGUCCUCCAAGGUCUUGACCUUGUACAGGACAAAAGAUCAGUUGGGUCCAUGGUCAAACUAUUGCCCGGAUCAGGUUUGAGAUAGGAUCUGGGAUCAGUGAUUCAGUGUAAGUGCAGGAUCGGCGUGUCGUUGUUAAUAUGUAAUUUAUUUUUAUUUAUUUAUUUUUGUGCGUGUGUGUAUUGAUGUUUUGCCUGCAUGUGUAUCUAUGUGGGGGUGUCACAAGCCCUCGAACUGCAGUUACCGGCAGGUGCGAGCUGCAAUGUGGGUUCUAGGACUGCAACCUGGGUCCUCUGGAAGAGCAGCCAGCUGUCUUCUAAAGGACCCUGAGCCAUCUCUCCAGCUCCUAGCACUCAGCUUGCAUUCGGGGUCAGGUAUCAGCGCAUAUCUAGAACUGGAGCUCAUUCUCUGACCAGGGGUCUUUCUUUUGAGACAAGUGGCAGAAUACGAGCUCAUUUUACAAUGUGGGUAAUGUUAAGAUUUAUCUUUGUAUUUGGCAUGCUACAGUUUGACUAACAUGUUCCUACUUACGCAUAAAUUAUCAUUCUCCUUUCCCUCCCUGUCUCCUAUCUUCUCCUCUUCCUGGGACUCGUACAUACUAGAACUAGAAUAUCUUGUUUCUUUUUAUUUUUAUAGAAUAUCUUAUUUCUUUUUAUUUUUAGUAGUCCUGGGAUGGACUUAUAAAUGUUAGGCAAGCACUCUACCACUGAGCUAUAGCCUUAGCUGUGGAUAUAUUUUUAAAAUUUAAAGUAUUUUUAAAAUUAUUAUUUUUGAAUUUUAUUUGUAGACCAGGCUAGCCUUGAACUCAGGGAAUCUGCCUGUCUCUGCCCCACUCCCCACCCCCAAGUACUAGGAAUAAAGGUGUGUGCUACCAUCCAGGGUUAAGCCUUGAACAUUUUAAUUUUAAAACAGAAAUUCUACUACUUCUACUACUGAGUGAGCCCUCCAGAUCUGUUUUGGUUGUAAGGUUCUGCUUCAAUUCCUGCCUCCAGGUUCUUGCCUUGAGUUCUUGCCCUGACUACUUUUAGUGUAGUGAGAUCUGGGAAAUGUAAGAUGACAUAAACCUGUCAUGAUGGGUUGUCUUUUGUCUGUUUGCCGGCCUGCCUAUCUAUCUGUUUUGUUUUGUUUUUAAAGAUGUAUUUAUUUAUUUAUAUGGGUACACUGUAGCUGUCAUCAGACACACCAGAAGAGGGCAUCAGAUCUCAUUACAAAUGGUUGUGAGCCACCAUGUGGUUGCUGGGAAUUGAACUCAGGACCUCUGGAAGAGCAGUCAGCACUCUUAACCACUGAGCCAUCUCUCCAGCCCCUAUCUGUUUAUUUUUAAGUCAGGGUUUCUCUGUGUAGCCUUUGCUAUGCUGGAACUUACUCUGUAGACCAGGCUGGUCUUGAACUCACAAAAAUCUACCUGCCUCUGCCUCCCAAAGGCUGAGAUUAAAUGUGUGUGCCACUGCUCGGUUGGUUGGUCUUGAGUUUUUUUUUAUUUGUUUGUUUGUUUUUAAAUAAUUUAUUUUAUUUAAUAUACAUUGGUGGCUUUGCCUGCAUUCAUGUCUGUGUGAAGGUGUCAGAUCCCCUGGAUCUGGAAUUACAGACAGUUGUAAGCUGCCACGUGAGUGAUGGGAAUUGAACCCUGGUCCUCUGGAAGAGCAGCUACUACCGAGCUAUCUCUCCAGCCCUUUGAUCCUGAUGUUUUAUCAAAGCAAUAGAAACCUAAGGCAGGCACUAACUUUAAUAGUCUUGUCCAGAGACAAAAACAACCAGUCAUCUUAGGUUCCCUUAUGGCACUAGCUCAUGGCCCUCAAUACAGAGUACUCGCCCCUUCCCCUCUCUGCACCCCAGCAUGUCUCUCUGUCCUGUGUUCAGAGAACUCUUUAUUUUCCUAUCAGUUCCCUUCAAUAUGCUGGUUGCUUCUUAUUGUUGUGUUAUUACUUUUUUUUUCCAGGACGAGUUUUCUCUGUGUAGCCCUGGCUAUUCUAAAACUCACUCUGUAGAUUAGUCAGACCUUGAACUCAGAGAUCUGCCUGCCGCUGCCUCCCGAAUGCUUGAAUUAAAGGAGUAUACCACCACUUUCUAGCUUGUUGCUAGAUGUGUGUGUGUGUACAUGUAUGGAUGUGCAUGUGCCACAAUGUAUGUGUGUUGUGACAGUCAGAGAGGACAACUUUUAGGAGUUGUGGGUCCCAGGGAUGGAACUCAGGUUGUCAAGGUUGGUAGCAAGUGCCUUAACACCAUGGGUCAUCUCUCUGGUCCCUUGGUUUAUGUUUUUGUAAUGUUUAAUUGUUGGGGGCGGGGGGUUGUUUGAGACAUAUUUUCUUGUAAGCCCAGCAAUAUGUUAAAAAUAUGCUCAUUAUAAUUUACCUGGAAUC